CCAAGAUUCCUUCAGGAAUUCUUUCUGAGAUUCUUCAAAUAUUUUCUUUCGGAAAAUCUUUAGAAGCUUUUUCUUGGAAUUCCAGAAGGUAUUCCUGGGAAAAUGGAGCCCUGGGAGCAAUUAUUCGAGGGAAAUUAGAAGGACCUCUGAGAAAAUUACUUAGCUGCGGGAAGAGUUCUUUAAAGAUUUUUCUAUUUUUUUAUAGAAUUCUUCAAGGAACUUUUGUUGGGGUUUCCUUGGCUGAUCCCUUUAAAAAAUCCUGAAAGAAUUCUAUUGAAUUCCGUAAUUAACUCCUUAAUGAUUCCCAUAAGGACACCUGGAGAAUAUCAGAAUGACCUACCAAAGAAUAUCCAGAAAUACUGCAGGAAUUCCUAAAGGAACUCCUGGAGGAAUCCAGAAAGAGUUCUUAGCAACUGUUUCUAAAGUUGAUAUAAUAUGUUUAUCAGAAUCUUGGUUGAAUGAUAAGAUAUCUGAUGACAUAAUCUACAUUGAAGGCUAUACUGCUGUAAGAAAUGAUCGAGUAGGACGGCUUGGUGGUGGCUUAAUUGUGUAUAUGAGUAAUAAUCUAUCUUUUAGAACAAUUGAAAUGUCUUGCUAUCAGUUUGGACAAGUUGAAUAUAUUUUUCUUGAACUACGAGUGAAUAACCAUGAAAUGCUUCUAGGGUUCUUUUAUAAUCCACCGGAGUUCGAUUGCACUGAUUUGCUAGCACAAAAGUUUUCAAGUUUUGAGUUACAGUAUGAACACAUUUUAUUGAUGGGUGAUUUUAAUACUAAUUUGUUGAAAAAUAACUGUGAUAAGAGUAAACAAUUUCAAUCGUUCAUGCAGGAUUUUGGUUUUUCCUCUUUAGGUACUGUUCCUACGCACUUUCAUAGAACCGGUGCUUCGCAAAUAGAUUUGAUGUUGACAAAUAGGCAAGAUUUAGUGCUGCGUUUUAACCAAAUUGACGUUCCUUUUAUGUCCAACCAUGAUUUACUGUUUGCGUCCCUAGAUGUUGAUAUGACACGAAUUCAAAAGCCAGUUAGUUUCAGAGACUACAGGAAUUUUGAUUCUUCCACUGUAAUUACCAUGUUUAAUCAAAUCGAUUGGGAAGCAUUUUACUAUAUUAAUAACCCUGAUAUCCUGUUGACUUUUUUCAACGAUCAUGUGAAAAACAUCUUCAACAUGACGGUACCGCUAAAACACAGUAUGAAACUAGUAAAUACAACCCGUGGUUUAAUAAUCAAAUUUCAAAGGCAAUAGUUGAUCGUGAUCUAGCUUUUCGUCUAUGGAAGUCGACAAAAAGCGAAAGUGACUGUGCACACUUCAAAAGAUUGCGUAAUUCUGUUACUACUUUGAUUACGAACGCUAAGAAACGAUAUUGGAAUGCAAGAAUAUCGCGAAUCGAUUCUGUUAAAGAUCUAUGGAAGAAUUUAAAUUCAUUGAAUGUUACCAAAAGAAAUGAUAAUUUUUUGGUUGAUGCAACUCCAAAUGACGUUAACUGUCAUUUUUCCAGAAAUUUUAGCACAAAUGCACUAUCUGCUCCAGAAGAGAACAAUCAUGCAUGUACAUCAUCUUUCAGGUUUAACGAACUUGAAGAUUGUCAUAUAGUUAACGCAAUUCAUGAUGUUAAAUCAAACGCUGUUGGUCUCGACGAAAUUCCUCUGAAAUUUAUAAAAAUGAUACUCCAAAUGAUACUGAAGCACAUUUUUAAUAGUAUAAUCAUGAGCGGAAUUUACCCGAAAGCAUGGAAACAUUCCAAGAUAAUUCCAAUAAAGAAGAAAUCGACAGUGAGCUCUUUGGAAAACCUGCGACCUAUCAGUAUUUUGAGCGCACUAUCCAAGGUUUUUGAAAAAUUGUUGAAAAACCAAAUAACAGUUUACUUGGCAGAAAAUCAGCUCUUAUCUCAGUAUCAAUCGGGUUAUCGGAAAGGACAUAGCAUCAAAACAGCAAUGAUAAAAGUGUGUGAUGACAUAGGAGUUGUUCUAGAUAAAGGAGGAUCUGUUGUUCUCUUAUUGCUUGACUUUUCUAAAGCAUUUGAUACUAUCUCUCACAAUAAAUUAUGCAAAAAAUUAGAACAUUAUUUUGGCUUUAGUUACGAUGCAGUUCACCUAAUUCGCUCAUAUCUGUCAGAAAGGACGCAAACUGUUUUCAUAAAUGGUAGUUUCUCUGAGUUUCUUCCAAUAGUAUCAGGAGUGCCACAAGGAUCUGUACUAGGACCACUACUGUUUUCUAUUUAUAUAAAUGAUUUGCCUUUAAGACUCAAUGGAUGCCAGAUUCAUUUAUUUGCAGACGACGUACAAAUAUAUGUGGAUGUUUCUAAUUUGUCUAAUGAGAAUGCUGCAACUUUAAUAAAUGAUUGUUUAUCUUUGAUUUCAUCAUGGGCCACCGAUAACUCGUUGAUGCUCAAUGCACGUAAAACCCAAGCGUGUUAUAUUACUCGCCAGAAUCAAAAUCAAGACAGACCCGAGAUAGUCUUGAAUAACGUUCCGAUUAUGUAUUCAAAUACUGUAGUAAGUUUAGGAGUAACCCUAGAAAGUAAUCUAUCAUGGGAUACCUAGUUUUAUUUCAAAACAAUGUGGAAAAAUAUAUUCAGUUUUGCGUACUCUGCGUUAUAAUGCUGAUUUCUUGCGACAAGACACUAAGCUGAAUUUGUUUAAAAGUUUAAUAUAUCCUCAUUUUCUAUUUUGUGAUUUUGUUACCACCCAGGCAUCCACAAUUGCUCUGAAUAAACUGAAAAAAGCUCUCAACUGUUGUGUAAGAUAUGUAUAUAACUUGAAUCGAUAUGCUAGAGUUUCUCACCUGCACAGAUCAUUGAUUGGUUGUUCAUUCAAUAAUUUUCCAGAAGCAAGAUCCAUACUCUUAUUACAUCCAAUAAUAAACAAAAAAUGUCCCAACUAUCUGUUUAGCAAACUUAUUCGCUUGAGAAGUCAAAGGGGGAUUAAAUUGUCAAUGCCUCUUUGCCGUACUUCACACCAUUCUAACUCUUUUCUAGUUAGAAGCAUUUACAAUUGGAACUCUUUGCCAACUGAUCUACAAUUCAUGACUUCGUUUGUACAAUUCAAGAGGGCAUUUCUAGAGCAACUUAGAUAAAUAAUUAGUCAGUUACAGAAAUUGUCAACUUCAUGCAUUCGACGCACUUCAUGUAGGGUAUCGGGAUGCUUCGUUGGCAUAGUCCCCUCGUUCGGCCUAUCUCAACGUAAACCAAAAACUCAAUCAAACGCGCAUAACUGGAUAUCGGAAAAUCUUUGCGCCAAACAACUGUAACAUUUCGUUUCAAUUUUAGAACUUUAGAACAUUAAAAAUGAAUGAAAAUGUCAAUUUUUUUAUCUUUUGUAGACGCCAUGAUUCUUCGGCUUAGGGGGUAGUCUAUACACAUGAUCAUAAAUAGCAAGAUUCUGGAACAUUUCGAAAUUACUUUUCCAUAACUGAACAUUUGAUGCGACGAUCAAAGAUGCUAUUUUGAACUUGUGUAUUUGUUUUCAACGAAUAAUAACUAUUUUACAAAUUGAACGUGGGCCGAAUAUUGAGGACAUUUUUUUCACUAUGUACCCAAAUCUUGGCCCAUCCGUAAAGUGACGUCAAAACACCGAUAAAAAAACGUCCACGACAUUUCCUGUGUAAGAACCAGAAAGAACGAACAGGAAGAAAGAUUUUGUGUGCGGUGACUGUAAAAAUAUAACACAAUAAUAGGGUUGCGUUGUUUUCGUUACUAAAUUAAGAAAGAACUUUAGUUUAAGUGCUUUGUUCAUAGUUUUUUGAAAAUUAAGCUCCGAAAAAGUAAUUUAAAAGUAAGAUUGGUGAACAAACUGAGAUAAUACUUCAGCAGAAAUAUUGGAAAAAUGAGAUAAUUAGUGGUUCUGGAGCAUGGAAAGCAAUAGGCCAACGUUGUAUCCACUAAUAGGCCAAUUUUUGUACCAUAGACCAACGUUGCAUACCAUCGCAUCGAUACUUUUCAACUUAUUUAAGCAAAUUCUUGAAUAUUUACGUUUGUUUACUUCC